UGGUCAGGGAAUUCCCGGGAAGGCUGAUCCCGUUUUCCCGGCGUUUUCCAGGCGGUGGCUGCCAAGGUGGGCAUGGACAGCGUCACCGCCAACUACUUCGCCCUCUUCGAGGUCAUCAACCACUCCUUCGUGCGGAAGCUGGCUCCCAACGAGUUUCCCCACAAGCUGUACGUGCAGAAUUACACGUCGGCGGUGCCGGGGACGUGCCUGACGCUGCGCAAGUGGCUCUUCACCACCGAGGAGGAGGCGCUGCUCAACGACAACGACCUGGCCGUCGCCUACUUCUUCCACCAGGCCGUUGAUGACGUCAAAAAAGGCUACAUCAAAGCCGAGGAGAAAUCCUACCAGCUCCAGAAGCUCUGCGAGCAGAGGAAGAUGGUCAUGUACCUGACGAUGCUGCGCUCCUGUGAGGGUUAUAACGAGAUCACGUUAUCCCAAUAUUCCC